AUGAUAAAAUCCAGUGUUAUAAUAGUGGAAAAUAGUAAAGGAGAUGUUUUUAUCGUCGAAGAUAAAGAAGAAAAGUCACAAAUUGAUAAAAUACUAAAUUCUGAUGUCGAUAAAAAAUCAUUUCAAGCUGACAAUGAAUCUGAAUUACAAGAUAUUGAGGAAGAGGAUAUUAUCGAAGAGUAUUUGGAUGAAUAUUUAGAUGAAAUAAAAAGCGAAAGUAGUGUGUAUAAUGUUUAUGCUGAUCAUCAAUACACAAGUAUUACUGUUGAAGAAAAUAUGGAAGGUGAAGAAAGUAAUGAUGACUCAAUAAACUAUGAGGAUACAUUUGAAUCUGAAAUUAAAACUAAUAAUAAUAGUAAAAAGCAACAUCAUAAGUUUCAUCAAUUAACAGGAAAAGCAGCAUGCAAAUAUUGCGAAACAGUUUUUAAAUCAAAAGAGUCGUUAAAGCAACAUAAUUGCAAAUAUUUAGAAUGUGAUCCGAAAAAUUUUAUUUGUCGGAUUUGUAAUAAGGAACUUAGCAAAAAGACAUUCAGUAAUCAUUUGCAUGAAGGCAUCCUCGAUUGUCAAUAUUGUUCAAAGUCCUUUGUCAAUCCUAGAAAUUUAAAAACUCAUAUUAAAAAGAUUCAUAAGAAUGAGAAAUUUAUACCUCCGAAAUCGCCAAAUAGAACCUUCAUUAAAGAGCUUAAAGUAGAGGAUAAUGCAGAUGUCGCGCUCUUAGAUGAUCAAACAGGAUUUAUUACAUCAAAAACAGAAGAAGAAAACGAGUGUAUAAAAAAAAAGAAAUAUGUCAAGAAAGUAGGACGAUUUGAAUGUGAAUUUUGUGCAAGAAUUUUUUCGUUUGCUCGCAGUUUGACAACGCAUCUUUUGCUUCAUACCAAAGAUUAUCGUUUUGUCUGUGAGAUAUGCGGUGAAAAAUUUACUACAAAAACUGGAAUCGCCAAACAUUCUUGCUUAAAUCGAAAAAGAAAGCGUCCGGAAAAGGAUUUCAGAACUGUAGACGUGAGACAUUGUAAAUACUGUGACUUAUGGUUUUCAUCCUUCGAGGAAAAUAGAAAUCAUAUAUGCAAGUUUCAACCAUCAACGAGUGAUCAGAAAAACUUUGUUUGUCGCUUUUGUAUGAUCGAAAUGUCAAAGAAUAGCUUUAACAAGCACAUGUCACGUCAUUUGAAUCCAAAAGAAUAUGUUUGCAAACUUUGUGAUAAGAAGUUGGCAUGUGAAAAAGCUCUAAUAACGCAUCUUACAACUCACAGUGGCAAUCGGCCAUUCAGUUGCAAUUAUUGUGACAAAAGUUUUAUAAAUAAAACCCUUUUGAUAAGGCAUUCAAGAUUUCAUGGAGUGCAAGUUCAGCAAUUCAAAUGUACUGUAUGCGACAAAGAAAUGGCUUCCAAAUAUCAUCUUAAAACUCACAUGCAACUGCACAGUGAAUUUCAAAUUUGUAAGAUUUGUAAGGAAAGAUUUCCAACACGCGAGAAACUUAAGGAGCACUACCACUCAAGUCAUGAGCCGUUUCGAUGUUCUAUAUGUUCAAAAACAUUUGUUCUCGCUAGAUAUUUAAAAAUGCACGAAAAACUUCACACUGGAGACACAACAAAGCAUUACAAUUGUAUUUAUUGUCAUAAACAAUUCAGUAAAAGAGCUUUAGCAAAUCAUGUUUUUUCACUGCAUCAUGAAUAUUUUAAUGAAUGGAAGGACAAAAAUAUGGAAUUCAUUAUAUCGUAG